AUGGUUGAGCCUGAGAAGCGAAGGCUGAGUGAACUACCUGGGACUCCUGUUUUUCCUGCCUCUUGGAUGCCUGAGGGAACCGUCUGUGCUCCCACAGACCAAGCCCCCAGCUGUCUGUGUGUCCACAAGGGACUAAUUCUACUUGACCUCGGCAAUGAUUUGACCCUGGAACACCUUGUACUGUCAACAGACACAGAUGACCAAAAUGUUCGCUGUCCUUUUGAGGUGGAUUUGCACAAGAUUGUUGUAUUAUUAUUAACCCUGUCACCUGUGCUAUCCUUAAAUUCAAGAGCUGGAAACAGAAUUGUUGAAAUAUUACCUGAACAUCUGAAACAAUUUCAAUCCCUCGAAACUUUGGACCUGAGCAGCAAUAACAUUACAGAGCUUAAAACUCCCCUUCCGCCUCUACAACUCAAAUAUCUGUAUCUCAACAGCAACCGAGUCACUUUAAUGGAACCUGGGUAUUUUGACAAUCUGGCCAACACACUCCUGGUGUUGAAACUGAACCGGAACCGAAUCUCAGCUAUCCCACCCAAGAUGUUUAAACUGCCCCAACUGCAACACCUUGAACUGAACCGGAACAAGAUUAAAAACGUAGAUGGGCUCACAUUCCAAGGGCUCGGUGCUCUGAAGUCUCUGAAAAUGCAAAGAAAUGGAGUAACAAAACUUAUGGAUGGAGCUUUUUGGGGGCUGAGCAACAUGGAGAUCUUGCAGCUGGACCAUAACAACCUAACAGAGAUUACCAAAGGCUGGCUUUACGGCUUGCUGAUGCUGCAGGAACUUCAUCUCAGCCAAAAUGCCAUCAACAGGAUCAGCCCUGAUGCCUGGGAGUUCUGCCAGAAACUCAGUGAGCUGGACCUAACUUUCAAUCACUUAUCGAGGUUGGAUGAUUCAAGCUUCCUGGGCCUAAGCUUACUAAAUACACUGCACAUUGGGAAUAACAAAGUCAGCUACAUUGCUGAUUGUGCCUUCCGGGGGCUUUCCAGUUUAAAGACUUUGGAUCUGAAGAACAAUGAAAUUUCCUGGACUAUUGAAGACAUGAACGGUGCUUUCUCUGGGCUUGACAAACUGAGGCGGCUAAUACUCCAGGGAAACCGGAUUCGAUCUAUUACCAAAAAAGCCUUUACCGGUUUGGACGCAUUAGAACAUCUAGAUCUGAGUGACAACGCAAUCAUGUCAUUACAAGGCAAUGCAUUUUCACAAAUGAAGAAACUUCAGCAAUUGCAUUUAAAUACAUCAAGCCUUUUGUGCGAUUGCCAACUAAAAUGGCUCCCACAGUGGGUGGCAGAAAACAACUUUCAGAGCUUUGUAAAUGCCAGUUGCGCCCAUCCUCAGCUGCUAAAAGGAAGAAGUAUUUUUGCUGUUAGCCCAGAUGGCUUUGUGUGUGGUGAGUUGUAACUGUUGCCUCUGCCUUCAUUCUUCUUUUUUCCCCUCCAACAAAUGGUCUUGAAUAAGCUUAUGUUCUCUUAAUGAAGCUUUUAUAUCUGCUGAGGUAGAUGGAAAUGGAUCUAUAGUGUGCUGAUGAUUUUAAUGUUACAGAUGAGAAAGAGUUUCCUUAAAUGUCUUUGUUUGGACAUCAGGGGGGUUGGGUGGAACGAGGGCCUUAGAUCUUGGGAGAACUGAUGGGCAGUCAGAACCCCCCUCCUCCCUAAAUCUCAGCAUCUGCGUCUGUGAAGUGGGAAGUGACUGGCUUGUGGAGACGCUGAACCUAACCCACGUCAAUGCUGCGUGUUGGGGUACA